UCCUCUGCUUCUGGCUGGGGAGGGAGAGAGGGAGGGAGGGAGGGAGGGAGGGAGACUUUUACCGAAAAUGGGGAAUGCUUUUUGCUCAUCCCGUUCAUCGCUUUCAUCCUGUUUCCGGUUCCCGUUUUCAGGGGUGUCUGAUUUAUGAACCGCCAACUGCUCUCCUGUUGCUCGCGGAAUGCUGCUCUUUCUUCUACUCGGAAGCGUGAAAGCUACUCGUCCUCUGCUUCACUCCUUGCUCUGGUAAUCCGUGAAGCCAAAGAGCUUACUUGGAACUGAAAGCAGCUUUUGACCGGUGAAGAAAAAUGGGCUCUGCAAACACAAAACUUGAUAGAAAUGAGGCCCUCCGAUUGUGUAAGGCUAGGAAGAAAUUCAUUAAGGAAGGCAUAAACUCUAGAUGUGCGCUAGCUGCUGCUCAUGUGUCUUACAUUCAGUCUCUCAAAAACGUCGGUGUAGCUCUGCGGCGAUAUGCUGAAGCUGAGAUAUUGAUAGAGUCAUCUCUCUCGACUUCCGCCACCGAGAUUGAGAAAACUCCUUCGCAUUCCUCUUACCCGUCCCCAUCUCCUUCGCACGUCGUGGAUGUAUCGGAUUCCCCAUUGAACAAUGGAAGCCCCCUUUCACCACUGACGACUAGAAUGAGUUUUAUGAAAUCCGGGGGCUCAACUUCCGUGACCAUCUGUUUGAAUCCUCUUGCUAGUACGAGAUUUUUGGAUGACGGUACGAUGGCAUUUGGGAUCCCGCCGCCGCCCCCCCUUCCACCGGAAUCUGGUGGCUCUUGGGACUUCUUCGAUCCUAUUGAUGAGAAUGAGAGCUUCAGGUUUGAUGGCCAAUGUGGAGUUGAUAUGAAUUUCGAGAGUUUCGGAAACUGGUCACAGUUUAAGGGUGAAAAGCUUGACCAUUUAAAGGUAAAUUCAAGUGAAGCUGAUGUAUUUCAUGAUGCAAAAUCGGUCCUCAAAUCAGAAACGAAGGAUUGUUUGAAAUCAGGUGAUAUCUCCACUACAAGUAACAGCCAUAGUUUAGGGGUGGAGAGCACUUGUAAAUUGAUCACUCUAGGAGGUCUGCAAGGUGGUUCGAAGCAAGGAUCAGCUAAUGAGGCGAGACAGGUGGGGACAGAAUAUAGUGCCAAUGAUCUGGGCCAAAGUUCACAGGACAAGGGUGGUAUUGGACGUUCAAGCUCUAAGGUAGAAAUGACCGCAGCAAACAAAGAUUUAGGUGCUGAAAGAGAGGACCCUUCUGAGUAUAUUACCCACAGGGCAAAAGAUUUCCUUUCAAGCAUAAAGGACAUCGAGCACAAAUUCUUCAGGGCUUCUGAGUCUGGUAAGGAGGUCUCCAGAAUGCUUGAGGGAAACAAAAUCAGGGUGCGAUAUACAGAGGAGAAAGGUCAGUCAUCCUCGUCGGCUUUGUUGGGAGCUUUUCAGCAUGUAUGUUGCCGCCAGAAGCCUCCACUCAUAUCUCAUGAACCUGGACAAAAUGGAAAAAGGAUGAUAAUAUGGAAAAGGACAACAUCUUCUCGGUCAUCUUCAUCAAGAAAUCACCUAAAUGGAGCACCGAAAGAUGAUGUCAGUGACAGUGGAAGUGAUUUCAUCGAAGAGUUUUGUAUGAUUUCUGGAAGCCAUUCAUCCACUUUGGACAGGUUAUUCGCAUGGGAAAGAAAGCUUUAUGAUGAAGUCAAGGCCAGUGAAUCUAUUAGAAAGGAGUAUGACAAAAAGUGUGACCAGCUUCGACACCAAUUUGCAAAGGGUUGCAGUACCCAUGUGAUUGACAAAACACGGGCUGUCGUAAAGGAUCUACAUUCUCGGAUACAAGUCGCCCUCCACUCUGUUGAUUCAAUUUCAAAGCGCAUCGAGAAAAUGAGAGAUGACGAGUUGCAGCCACAACUCGUCGAACUGAUUCAAGGGUUUAUCAGAAUGUGGAAGGCUAUGCUUGAAUGCCAUCACGCACAGUACAUAACAAUCUCCUUAGCGUAUCAUUCCAAAGUCUGCUCGGGAAUGUCACAAGGCGAUGCGUGGCGGCUGAUCAUGGAUCAGCUCCAGCAAGAGAUCGAAUGCUUUGGCUUGAGCUUCGCAAAUUGGAUAAACAGCCUCACGUCCUACGUCGAAGCCCUUAAUGGUUGGCUCCAACAUUGCAUCAUCCAGCCACCAGAGCGCUCCAAGUAUCGACGACCGUGGUCCCCACGGCGAGUGCUCGCGCCGCCCAUAUUCUCCUUGUUCCGCGACUGGGCCGCGGGGAUCAAGGCACUGCCGUCUAGUGAGCUCAACGACGCGAUCAGGAGCUUUUUGUCAGAUCUGUAUGAUCUGACGGAGCACCAAGCGGAAUCACAGAGGAAGCAGAGGCCCUGCGACUCAAACAACGGAGGACCAGAGGAACCAGAUGAGGGGAAGAAUGAAUGCGCCCCCUCCAACUUGAGCUGCAUACAGACAAGCCUGACUAAAGUACUUGACCGGUUGAGGAAAUUUUCCGAGGCUUCAUUGAAGAUGUACGAGGAUAUUAGACACAGAACCGAGACAGCCGGAGUCGCAUAUUCGAACUGCAAGCCUGCAAGAUCGAAGACCGUGUAAACCGGGUUUGGAUUUCCUCCCUAUUUCGUGUGAUAGAUUUAUCUUUUGUAAAUUUGAAGCGUCUAUAUCGUGUGUCCUAUCUCUUUAGUAAAUAGUUUAGGAAGUUUUUUGGCGCAAGAGCCACUGAAAUUAAUCCCUCGAAUUUCUU